ACGGGAGCCGGGCAACCACGUGGAGGCCUACGUAUUGAGAGCUCAAGCCGAUGGAGAGUCGAGUGCUCGCCACACGCAGCACGCACGCUCUCUCUCUCGGUUUUAUCUUGUUCUUAUCUCCCUCUCCGCUCGUAUUUUCUGCUGUUCGUGGCGUCAGGCUCGAUUCUUCUUCUUAGGGUUCGGCGAAGACCUCCUAAUUAACGCAAUCAUGGUAAUGGAGUCUCCUAUAGCAAACGGCACAAAUGCUGGACCUGGGCAAUCCCCCAACAGUUCAAUUCCAACCAAAAGGAACUUGAAGAAAGUUUCAAAGAAAGAAAACAAGUCCUUGAGAGAGAAGAAGAAGCGUGAUUACUUGAAUGAGCUAUUUAUGGACCUGGCUCAGGCACUUGAACCAACACGGCUGAAUAAUGGAAAAGCCUAUAUAUUGGUUGAAACAACUCGAGUGUUGCGGGAUCUUGUUGCUCAAGUUGAAGCCCUUAGAAAGGAAAAUUCUGCUUUGGUCAAUGAAUCUCAAUAUGUGAGGGUGGAGAAGAACGAGCUACAAGAUGAGAAGAAAGCUCUGAGAGUGGAGGUGGAGCGACUCCAAAGCGAGUUAAAUGAGAUGCAGUCUAAUUCUAUGGGAGAGUGGGGCAACAAGUUAGACUUGGCGCCUUCAAUGCCAGUGCAGACUCAGCAACAGCCUUCUCUCCCCCUCUACGACAUUGUGGUUCAACAAGAUUUCAAUUCCCUUCCGGAUGCUGGAUGUUCCCCAACCUCAGCAAAGGCACCCACAUCAGUGAGUAGACCGCAUGCUAGAUACCCGACACCCUUGGAUGCUUGGCCACUUGAGCUCCUCUCGAGAAACCAACGAGAAGCACAUGAAGCUCAGCAAAUCAAAUGCACGAGCAGAAGCGGCGCGUCUACUAUCAGUGGAGAAGGCAUGCCAGGAAAGUGAUCCAUACUGAAGGCUUAAUGGAUGACUACUUUCUUUUGCUUGUAGUUGAAUCUUGCUUUGGUAGGCUCCAGUUUUUUCAUUAUGUGAUUCAAAAUGCUCUUUAGCUUGCAUUAGAACUUGUGUAAUGCUGCCUUUUAAAAUCCAAUCGAGCAUCUUCUGCAAGCAUCUAGGAGAAGCAUCUUUCUGUAACUUAAUCCAAUUUAUUGGUUUAUUGUUAGUUCA